CUCCGCGGUCACAUGAGCUUCUGUCACAUGAUGUUUGUGAGCCGCUCCUGGAAGCGUUUUCACUAUCACAUCAGGUUUGCUGACUGCCAUUAAAUACACAAGAUAAAAGAAGAAUCAUAUUCAUCUGACGGGAAUACAGCAGGAAUGAUGCGCUCAGGAGGAGGCUGCUGGUGACUGUGAUGAUGAUGGACAGACCGCAGGAGGAAAGCGAGCAGGACACAGUGUGUGUUGUGAUGGAGGACGUGGUGUGUGUGGAUGAGCACACGAUCCAGAGACUGACUGAAGGAUUCCUGUCUCACUAUCAGCCAGAGCUCAACGCCUCCAAGCAAACCCUGCAGGAACUCACACAAAAUCAAGUUAUUUUGCUGGAUACGCUGGAGCAAGAAGUCACGAAAUUCCGCGAGUGCAACGCCAUGAUUGAUCUGAACGCACUGUUCACAGAGGCCAAAGUUUAUCACAGCAAACUGGUGAACAUUCGCAAAGAAAUGAUCGUUCUGCACGACAAGACGACCAGACUAAAGAAGCGAGCGCUGAAGCUGCAGCAACACAAGCAGAAGGAAGAUCUGGAGCGCGAGCAGCAGAGAGAGAGAGAGCUGGAGCGAGAGAGACGCCUCGUCGCCAAACCCGCCAAACGCUCCGGCGAAGCCUGAACCAGUGCCUCACAAACACACACUGAGCUCAGCCCCGCCCACUGCACACAGACUCCGCCCCUGUCGUAGCCCCGCCCACUGCACACAGACCCCACCCCUGCCACAGCCCUGCCCACUGCC